ACAGUACAAACGCAGCAACAGAGCAACACAGAAUGAGUGUAUCGAAAGUCUUCAGUCAUCGUCUUACUUUCGCGCUGCUGCUCUGGCUUUGCGGAGUUGCAGUUGCGGCGGGCUUUGAAAAUGAAUCGCAUCCGGAUAACGGUUCCGUGACAUUCUGGCAGCGUGUGAAGGCCAGCUUCGCGGACUUUCAGUGGCAGCAAACGAAACCAGAUUUGGAAAGUCCGGAGACUAUACAAAAGCGACGCGAAAUAUGGCAGCGGCUGACUAUGGCAAGGAUUUUGUAGGAAAUGCCGCAGACAAAUUACAAUGUAAACGACACUUAUUAAAUUAAGAAAUU